CCCGGGGCUCCCUGCUACAGGGCAGGUAUCUUAGCACCACCGGGGGGGGGGGGUCUCCGCUGGUAGGGUCAGCUGAGCCCCGCGGCACCAGAUGAAUUCCUUCUGGUGCUCGUCUCCAUCUUCAGGGAGGAAACACCUGCUGGGUGACUGAUUGAUUGAUGGGCCACACCUCCCGCCGGGGCGCCAGUCUCCUCCUUCUCCUUCCUUCCCCCCUCUUAAUCCUGGGAGCCCUGGGCCAGCGGGUCAGUUCGGAGUUCUCCGGCACAAGCGGAGAGAACGAGGACAGCCGGGCAGAGCCCCAAAGAAUAAGCGGCACCAGGCGCGGCGGGUGUUCCAACCUUGAAAGCGGCGACGAUGGCCCCUGCAGCGACUUCGGGAGGCGGCUCCCUGCCCAGCGGCUUCUCCGUUCUGGCCUCCUUCCCGGACCUGCUCUUCAUUUUUGAAUUUAUAUUUGGAGGCUUGGUCUGGAUUCUGGUGGCCUCUUCCAAAGUACCAUUCCCAAUGGUUCAGGGCUGGGUCAUGUUUGUGUCAGUGUUCUGCUUCGUGGCCACUACCAUCUUGUUCUUCCUCUACUUUGCCGGCGCUCAUGGUGGAGAUGCUUCCUGGAUCCCUUUGGACGUGUCCUAUCACUUGAUUGCAGCUCUCUUUUACCUGAGUGCUUCAGUCCUAGAAGCCUUUGCCACAAUUUCGAUAAAGGAGUAUCGGAAUUUUAGUUUAUAUAAUAUUACCUUUAAAGAUUAUCAAGAAAACGUCUCUGCAGUGGUAUUUGCAUAUGCUGCCACUCUGAUAUACGUGAUCCACGCAGUAUUUUCUUUAAUCAGAUGGAAGUCAUCAUAAAGUCCUAUGGAAGUUUACCCCAAAAUGCAGAAGGUGUUAACUGAUUGGCCAUCCUUACAGGGUAGCGUUUUAAAAGUCAGGGAUGCUCGAAUGGGGCUCUGUUCUCUUGUACAAAGCGGGGGGGGGGGGGUUUGGGGUGGAAACCUAUCUGUUUCUUGUUGGCGUUUGUCUUUACUGUCUCUCAUAACUAACUGCAUAGAGGGAUUCAGGGGAUUGCUGUGUUUAUUCCCAAGUAUUGACUGCUUUUUCUCAUCACAAUUUCCUAUUUGUGAGGGGCUGAACUCUGGGAGAAGGUAGAUGGCAAAAUAAGACUCCUCAGACCGCUUUGCUGCAUCCCAAGAACUAUGAAUGACAUUUCCCCAUGGCUACUUUUGACCUCACUCACUAUCCCAUGCAUGGUUUUAGAUCUUUAGGGGAUCUUGUAUGUGCUAGGCAUUCAAUUCUCCCAACAAAUUUUGACUGGAACCAACAGCAGAAGAUGAUGUAUCAGCCAUGGAAGGGGAGAUGAAACAACAUAGGUUUUGGGUGGCUACACAAGACAUACCAAGGAUACAGCCUCUAUGUUCUUCAGUUUCUUUUCUUUAUGAAAUAUUUUCAUA